AUGUUGUCCCCUACAAUCGCUGCGGAGGGUGGACGGGCACCAAGUCCCAACUACUUUGGACUCGUUAUCGAACCUGGCAACGAUCCAAGGGAAUCAUCAGGACUGGCGAGAGAGAACUGGAGCCCAAGCUCUUCAGUAAAGUCCUUUGCGGCCGCCUUACCGAAGCAGAUUACUUUGGAUCCGAAUCCUGAAUUCGAAGCAUUCAAAAAGGCUGCAGAUCUCAACAGAGGCAAGUCAUUUUCACUUGCUACGUCCCAUGCUAUGCCACCAACAUCACACCCCACACCUAUUCGACCUCGGCCACCCAGAUGGCACACGUACACAAGCGACACGGGCUCCGAUGCCUCCUUUCCCAAGUCUGUCAGUUCCGUCAAGCCAAAGUUGAUGAAUAAGAGCGACGCCGACCAGAAUAGUCUGCACGACUCAGCAUACGUCUCCUCAGAUUCGAAACGCAACUCGGAAUCUUCUUUCAUGCCAACCCAGAUCACUGGCAUGACGCCAUUUGAAUCACCGGGACAGCUUGAAACACCUCUCCAACGACCUUCUCUGCCCUCAGCAGAUCCCAACGAUUCUCGGCUGUCAUUGACCCUACCCCGUGCGGACCCUCCAUCACCGGAAUUGGCUGAUAUAACUCGUGCUACUACUCUGCCGCCAAAACUGGAUCCUGGAUCACCGUCUAUGAUAUCUGGUGACGAGCUCAAAAAUUUGAUACAAGGUAACGGAGAGUCCAAUAUGCUCCUGUUGGAUAUUCGCUCUUCUCAAAGUUUUGCCCAGUCUCGUAUUGAGGGGGCAUUGAAUCUCUGUAUACCAACCACUCUCCUCAAACGUGCCACUUUUAACCUCAAAAAGCUUCAGCAAACAUUUCAGGGCAAUCUAGAUUCCGAACAGUUCUCAAAAUGGCGUGAGAUGGAGUGGAUUAUUGUGUAUGAUGCUCAUGCAUCCGACAAGCGUGAUGCGGUCACGGCACAAAACAUGAUCAAGAAGUUUACCAACGAGGGUUACGCAGGGAAUACCGCAAUACUUCGUGGAGGAUUUACAAUAUUCAGCACAUCAUUUCCCGAGCUUAUUGACAGAUCGUCAAAUUCACAAUCGCCGACAGGAGAGAACUGCAGCAAUUUGAACAAGAGUGCACUUGCGCCGGUAAUUGGUGGUGUCAACCUGCCAACGAUGAAUAACGACCACAAUCCUUUCUUUUCUAAUAUCAGACAGAAUAUGGAUCUUGCAGAUGGCGUGGGUCAGUUCGACAUUGGUCGUCCUCAAGACUUGGAAUCGCCAUUACUACCAAGCUGGCUCAGGGACGCAUCAUCCCAGAGUGACCAUGGCAAAAGGGUUUCCAACAAAUUUUUGAAUAUUGAGCUGGAUGAGCAGUCACGAAUGAGAACUGCAUAUGCUGCAUUUAAUCCCAAAGAAAAGCCCCAGGACUGCAAGUUCCAAUUGUCGGGUGUUGAAAAGGGCGCAAAGAAUCGCUACAAAGACAUUUUGCCAUUUGAGCAUGCCAGAGUCCGAUUGCAGGAGGCCCGUGACGGAUCGUGUGACUACGUCAACGCGAGCCACUUGUCCGCCUCAAGGAGCAACAAGCGAUAUAUUGCAACCCAAGGGCCACUGCCUGCGACAUACGAGGACUUUUGGUCUGUGAUUUGGGAGCAAGACAUCCGCGUCAUUGUCAUGUUGACUGCCGAGAGUGAAGGUGGCCAACUCAAGUGUCACCCAUACUGGAAGGGUCGAGAUUUUGGACCGAUUAGGCUGAAGGCGCUUUCCGAAAAGAAAGCUUCGUUGGACAUUGAUAAGCACCGGUCUGAAUCGAGCUCGACGCCUUCGUCCUUCCCGACACAAGAAUUUGGACGAAGACGCGCAAACACAACUACUACCUUUCAGUCACCGAGCCCAGCUCCUCAAGGCCCAGGACAUUCAGAUACACCAUAUGUCACGAUUAGAAAGUUUGCCUUGUCCCACGCUGCGCACCCCUUUGCGCCGAUGCGAGAGAUCACCCACCUGCACUUUGCAGCCUGGCCCGACUUUGGAACUCCGGCUCAACCGUCUCAUCUUCUUGCCCUUGUUGAACUUGCCAAUUUAAUGCAACGAGCCGCCAUGCCGGUGGAGACGACAUCCAUCGUCGGCUCCAAGAUUCCGACGAUUGACUCGAUCCCGGUCACUUGGUAUGAUGAACCGGAAUCAGAUGCCAACUCUCGGCCGAUGCUUGUGCAUUGCUCAGCGGGAUGUGGAAGAACCGGAGCAUUUUGCACGGUAGAUAGUGUGAUUGACAUGCUGAAGCGUCAGCGACAGGCCAAUUUGUCGGCAGGGCGUGCUCGGGACAGCGAGGGUGACGUCAAAAUGGACAUUUUGGACGAUUCGAUCUCCCCGAUGACUACCAAGGAACCAGCUUCGCAGGGGUUCUUUGACAGAGGCAACGGUAGCACUAAUUUCCAGGCAUGGGAAUCAUGUGGUAUCGACACUGCAUGGCUCCAAGACGAUGGAAUCGACUUGAUUCAGAAGACGGUGCAAGAUUUCAGAGAACAGCGACUUAGCAUGGUCCAGAGUCUGCGACAAUAUGUACUGUGCUACGAAACCAUCCUGGAAUGGCUCAGCAGGAUGCAGGAUAAGACUUCAAGUUCCAUCAGUGGCAGGGCGCGAAGUGGCAGUCUUCAGCAAGUUAGAAGUUGA